AUGUCUAAAAUAGAAUUUUUUGCAAUUUCUUUAUUUCUAUGGAUAUCAUGCAUUGAUGGCCUUGCGGCUGCAAAUCAUGUUAUGACAGUAACUGAACGAGUUACCAAUUUUGUGACAAUGUACAUUCCAGCCACUGCAAAAUCUCCGCCUUUUGGCGUUAGUCAGCAAAAAAUGACUCAAAUAGCGUCGAAUCAUAAGGUGCUGCCAAGUUCUCCAAGAGUCGAAUCGGUCUCACCGAUUUUGAAUAUUCAAACUACAUCCAUUGAAGUAAUCUCAAAUCCAGCUACUCCCAUAGUUUCAGCUACAGAAAUUCCAACCGGCACUACCGGAAUCAUUCCAGCCACCUCCGUUGAUACCAUCAAAACUAUUCCGGCCAUUUCCGCCGAUACAAUAAAGAUCAUUUCAACCGCUACAUCUGCUCCCAUUGAAGCUACUACGCCCUCCCCCAUUAACACCAUUGCGACUGAUCCAUUCACUUCCAUUGCCACCGACACAGCUAAAUUUACUACUUUAAAACCAUCUACACUUAUACAAUCUACAUCUAUACAAACUAUGACCACGGCAUCGGCCACAAUUCAAAUGAUAACUACACCAGCUACUACCAAUACACUCCAGAGAACACCAUUGACAAAUAGUGCUGUUUCUGCAACAAUUCAAAAAUCACCCUCAAUAACUAGCACAGCAACUUCAAAAGUAAUUUCUGCCUUACGUACUCAUUCAACUAAUAAUCAACAUCCCACCAAUACUAUUGCUUCUGUUAAUCGUCCCUCUUCGGCUAUUGGAAAUACUCUUAUGAUAGAAUCUAUGAUGUUUUGGUCCUUACUAGUAGCUAUUGCAAUUAGUAUUUUUGUUUUCGGAAUGGUUUAA